GGCUCGGUCCAAUUCGGAGUGCUCUGAACUUUGCAUGAGGAAGGAGUACAAACCAAUGGACUUGCCUAUAAGUACCAAGUAGUUCUCCUCAUCAUCUUCAUCAGCUCAAGCCUUCUCCAUUAGCAAUCACACCAAACCCUUCCACCACCCUUAUUGAGUUUAGUUCUCUUUGUUUCUCACAAGGCCAACAUGGGAGUCAUGACCUACUCGCUGGAGAUCACAAGCAGCAUUGCCCCGUCGAGGAUGUUCAAUGCUUUGGUCCUCGAGUCCCAUAAUGUCCUACCCAAGAUUGUUCCCGAGGGCAUCAAGAGCGUCGAGUUCAUCAAGGGAGAUGGUGGAGUUGGCAGCAUCAAGAAAACCAACUUCGCUGAAAGCUCCCACAUCAAGUACACGAAGCACAAGGUCGAGGCUCUUGAUGCAGUUAGUUUUUACUGCAAAUAUACCAUGAUUGAAAGCGACAUCAAGUUUGACAAGAUCGACUUCGUCGUGGAAGAAGUAAAAUUCGUCGUGGCUGGCAGCGGAUGCGUCUGCAAGAUGACCAGCGAGUACCAUGUGAAGGAAGGUUGUGAGCUCAAGGAGGAGGACAUAAAAAAGGGUAAAGACAAAGCUAUGGGAUUGUAUAGGGCUGUUGAGGAGUACCUUGUGGUCAACCCCGAUGUUUGCGCCUAAAUGCUUCUUUUCUCAAUAUCCUUUCUAAGUGAUGAUAUGGUCAAGUGCGUGGAAAGAGUGUAUUGUAACUUCUGUUUCCCUUUUGGCUCUGCCUCGGAGCUUUUGGCUGAGGAAAGGUCUUUGUGGUGUGAUUUUCUUUGUUAUCGAGGGUUUAAUGAUUGUGUGUAAGGGCAUGCGAAACAAUAAAACUUGAAGGAGCACUGAGCAAUCCAAUGAAUUAUGGGUUUUGCCCAAGAAAAAAUCUCCCUUUGUGGUCA